GUACAGGAAGGCCGCGCUGAAAUGGCACCCGGAUAAAAACCCAGACAACAAGGAAUACGCUGAGCAGAGGUUCAAGGAGAUUGCCGAGGCAUACGAAGUGCUGUCAGACAAGCAGAAGCGUGAUGUCUACGACCGUUAUGGCAAGGAUGGACUCAUGGGGGCAGCAGGACCAGGGGGCUCCAGGGCCGAUGCCGGGGCCCCCGAAUUCACCUUCACCUUCCGCAGUGCUCACGACGUCUUCCGGGAGUUCUUUGGCGGGCGAGACCCCUUUGCUGACUUCUUUGGUGGCCCUGGGGGGGGUCACCAUGGNNNNGGGCACUUCUUUUCCCCCUUCCCAGGAUCCUCAGAUUUCUUCGCCUCAUCCUUCAGCUCCGGCGCCGAUGCAGGGCUGGGCUUCCGCUCCGUCUCCACCUCCACCACCUUCGUUAACG